AUGACCUUCCCCAACCAGCAGCGCUUCCAGUGAGUCCGACUUCUUCUUCCUCGAUCUGACCUCUGCAGAAGACGUCGCGGAUGCUUCCGAUCCCGGAGCCGCAGCCGCGACGCAGCUCGCCGUAGCCUCGCCGCGCCCGUCGGACAACAGCCUCGAGCUCUCGAGAUCGUGCCGUGGAGCAGCGUCACCAUCGAAGAGAUCUCGGUAUGAAGAUGACUUUAAACAUUUUCUAAACUAACGCGUUUUUUUCAAAGAAUCACAAGGAGAUUUAAUUUUUCAGAGCGAGCACGUCAACGCGCCAGCUGAAUUGGCGAAAAUGGAAUCGGUUUCAGAAGAAGUCCACGUUGAAGACAACAAGGCCCUCGUCGCUUCUCAAGAAAUCUCGAACCCUCUCGGUAACCUGUUAUUUACAAGUUCAUGGGAGCUUCUUUUUUCAGCUCAAGCUGCUGUAGACCUCAAAUUCGCCUGCCAAAUGGCCCACGGAUCCCCAGUCGCUGUUAUUCAGCGCUGGAGCACCAUCGAGGAACUUUAUUCCGUUUGGAACUCUAGGAAAAUUAUUAGUAUGUUCAAUUUCAGUCGAUGGCUGAAGCAUUUGACGUACCGAAAUCGGAGCUCAUGUUCCUCACUGUGAAUACUUUCAAGGUCAUUACUUUUUUUUUUUGAAUUCAAAGAAGAAAGGAGGAAUUUAGGUUGACAUGACCAAGCUGUUCACUGGCACGCUCAAUUUUACCGACAUGCUGUACGCCCACGUCCGAGGUCAGCCCGUCGAGGUCGAGCUCAUCAAGGAUGAGACGUGAGCUUGAGCUUCUGCUACCUUUUUAACUAUGGGGAAACUUCAGAUCCUUCGGUGUCACGAUUACCGAUAACGGCAUGGGAAACGCGUUUGUGAAAGCUAUCAGAGAUGGAAGUGUUUUUGGCGAGUUUUCUUGAUUUAUCGAGUUGUUAGAUAUCCCAUGAUCGCAAGCGGAAUGGCAAGGUGCCUAAAUCUGAAAAAAGCACUAGCCAAGCUUUUGUGUCAUGAAGCCAUUCCAAACGCGCACCUUUCAAGUCGAAAUAUCUUUUUUUGGAUUCAUUGAUCAUUUAAAAUGUUUUUUGUCUGCUUUUUGUGAGUUAAUCUUUUUCCAGCCCGUGCUUUCCCAGCCACUCGAGUUGGUCAACUCAUCGAGAAAAUUGACGGAGUGAACGUGCUUGGAAAACGUCAUUAUGAAGUAGCCCGCAUCUUCCGCAGCAUUCCCAUCGGCACCAAGUAGAAAUCCUUUAGAAGCCCUUUCUAAUCAAGUUUUCAGGGUUAAUAUGCGCCUGAUCAGCCCGCAGCAGUCGCCUCUGGAACAGUUCAUCUCCAGACGAGCUCCUGGAGCGCCAAAAAAGAACAUGAUGGAAUCUCUGAAGAAAGGGGGCACCAUCCGCUUCAAGUCUAACGGCUCUUUUGUAGUAGAGGUUGGCGCCUUCCAGAUAAAAGCUGAUAAAAGGUGUUAAAUUCAGGACAAAGCGCCGGAAACAGCCAUCAUCGAGAAGCUGAACGACGUGUUCGAUUCGUACCUUGGCGUGCAGGACGACCAGCUCGCCGCUCGUGUCUGGGAAACCGCCGCCAAGUGCUCGACGCUCUGGGAACUCAACGAAGCCAUUCAGAAUGUAAUAAUUAUAACCGUCGAAGCAACGAUCAAAAAUGUUUUUCAGUCGGACUUGAACGUCUUCGAAUUCCCGGACGGCCUUGUUUUCGACAUGUGGGGCAUCAUCAGCGACCUCAAGCGCGUCAAGAAGGCAACGCCGGCACCCUUUCGAGAAGCUCAACCCCAGCGCUGA